AUUCUUCCAAUAAAUCGAAGCUAAUUUAAACCGGAAACCGACUAAGAGGGAAUUAAAAGGCAAAUCCUUUCUAUUUGAUUUGUGUCUAGUACAGAAAAACCCAAAUCCUUUCUAUUUCUGUACACAAAAACCAAAAUAAUCCCUUCCCCCAUGGAAUUUUCAGGCGAGUACCGCACGUUUCCAGAUAUCUUCUCUUUAACCGAACCAACUUGAUUGAUUACAUCAAACAGUAUCAAUUCAGAGACGAAGUGUCCAUUGUACUGUUUAACAAGAGAAAAAAAGGGUUCUGGAAUAUGGAUUUGUUGGGUUCUGAGUGUAGUAGUGGGUGUGAGUCUGGUUGGACUUUGUAUUUGGAGCAAUCUUUUCUUUCACAUGGUGGCCCUGAUCAAAUUGUUGGCUGUACUGAGGAAUAUUGGAACGCUAGAGGUACUCAAGAAGAAGAAGAAGAAGAAGGGGAGGUUGAGGAUCUUUCUAUGGUUUCUGAUGCAUCUUCUGGGCCUCCACAUUUCAUUGAAGAUGAAGCUUGCUCCCAUGAAGAUGAUGGCCAUUUCUCUCAUGUUUCUAAGUCAGUUACAAUGGGGAAGAGAAAGGGGAAGAAGCAGAGAAUUAAAGAAUAUCAAUGCCACGAAGAGCCUUCUUCCUUCCUAGAUGACACUGCUAGUUCUCCUGCUAUCAACUUCACUGCUAAUAAUUUCACCAAUCAAGCCUCAAUGGAAAGCUUCUUGGGAUUCUCUCAAACUAAACAUUUUGAGGAAAGAUCAGCAUUUACAGAGCAUUUUGGGUUCCUCCAAUCUUCUCUAUCAGGAAAUAGAUUGCAAAAGAACCAGUGGUUUGAAGGCAAAAGAGGGAUAGGGAUGAGAUGAGAUGAGAUGAGAUGAGAUGAGAUAGGUGUCUUUAUUUUGUUCAUCACUUUCUUCUGAAGCAGCUAAUGUAGUUUUGUUGCACUGAAAUAUGUGUGAAAAUUUGUCAAAUGUUGUGGGAAAUGGAUCUUGAAGAGAUUUGUUUCCCCUCCUUUUUUCCUUUUUCUUUUUCUUUCUUUCCUUUUUGUAACUGUCAAUGCAAUGGGAACCAACCUCAGAGCAACAAAGUUGGAAAUGGAAUUUAUUCUUUUUGGAAAUUCAAUUUCUUAAUCAA